AUGAGUAUCAUUAGAAAAAUAUCACAACUUCGCCUAGGCACACUUAAUGUUCAUUUCUUUACUGACUUAAAACAACAAUCUAAUGUUCAUCGUCUUGCUCAACUUAUAAAACCAAUGUCAUUCGAUGUACUUGGUCUUCAAGAAGUACUUCAUACGGAUCAGCCACCAGGUACUGUAGCUGAGAAGUAUUACCAGUUCAAAUUACUUUCCGAUUUACUUCAGUUACCUUACAUUGCAUUUUGUAAUACUUCACAUAGAUUUGGUAAUGCAAUUCUUUCACGAUUUUCAUUAAAGAGUAACGUCAAUUAUCUUACAGAAGCAGUUGAAAAUCACAAUGCACGUGGAAUGCUAGCAGUACAAAUCGAUCAUGAGUUCUUUAGUGAUAAUGAUGCUACAUUGUAUGUUACUCAUUUAGAUCAACUUAGUGAACAAGUACGUUUAAGACAGAUGAAACAAUUGGAAGAACAUGUACAUAAUUCGGGUGUUCAAUUGAUGGUAGGUGAUUUUAAUUCAUUAACAUUUGACGAUUAUUCCGAUGAUUAUUUUAAUGUUAACAUACAUGGUGUGCGUCNUCACAAUAAUCUCGUCUCAAAUUACGCCAAAAUAUAG